GCUCCAAACUCGUCAUUCCAUUUUGUUUUGAAGGCCAAAGCAGGAAAGACGGCGCCGGAAGUGGCCGUGUGACGCUGCUAAUGGCUCCCGAAAGAUAAAGCGGCACUCCGAGUGCGACGAUGGCCGGCUUGUUUGAGGUGGAGGUGGACGGAGUGGAGCACGACCAUGGACUGGAGCAUCACGACGAGGCGAUACAGUUUGACGUGUCCAAGCUCUCGCCGGAAGAGAAGUGGAGGGUGGAGCACGCCAAGAUGCACGCCAAACACAAAGGCCACGAGGCCAUGCACGCCGAGAUGGUGCUGAUCCUCAUUGUCACGCUGGUCGUCGCCCAGCUCCUCCUGGUGCAGUGGAAACAGAGACACCCCAAGUCUUACAACCUGGUGACUCUGUUCCAGAUGUGGGUAGUUCCUCUCUACUUUACUACCAAACUCCACUGGUGGAGGUUCCUGACCACGUGGUUUAUCUUCUCUGUCAUCACAGCAUAUAUUACGUACCGCGCCACUCGCAAGCCUCUGGCCUGCACGACACCGAGAUUGGUGUACAAGUGGUUCCUGCUCCUCUACAAGAUCAGCUACGCGACCGGGAUAGUUGGCUACACCGUUGUCAUGUUUACCCUUUUUGGUAUCAAUCUCAUAUUCCGGAUAAAGCCAGAAGAUGCGAUGGACUUCGGCGUGUCCCUGCUAUUUUACGGACUCUACUACGGCGUCCUCGGAAGGGACUUUGCAGAGAUGUGUGCCGACUUCAUGGCCUCGACAGUCGGCUACUACAAUGCGUCUGGAAUGCCAACCAAGCAUUUGUCUGACGACAUCUGCGCCGUAUGCGGGCAAGCCAUCCUCGUCGACGUCAGCGAGGAGGGCAUCAUAGAAAACACGUACCGAUUGUCCUGCAACCAUGUGUUCCACGAGUUCUGCAUAAGAGGCUGGUGCAUUGUGGGAAAGAAGCAGAUGUGUCCGUACUGCAAAGAGAAGGUGGAUCUCAAGCGGAUGUUCAGUAACCCCUGGGAAAGGCCACACGUGAUGUACGGCCAACUUUUAGACUGGCUUCGCUACUUGGUGGCCUGGCAGCCGGUCAUCAUCGGCCUGGUGCAGGCCAUCAACUACGUCCUGGGCCUGGAGUGAGCCCCACCCCCACCCGCAGAAGAAAAUGACGGGAAGCCCCGCCAAUGGACUGAAACGUUGGUUACAAAUUCUCUGUACUUUUUGUAUAUAUUUUUAGGCGCAUAUUACAAGAACUCGCGUUUCAAUUGAUGAGUAAUCGCAGUAUCCUGUCAAUUAUGAGAAUUUUCUUCCACCUAUGCCCCAGUAAAUAUGUUCACAAUCAUUA